AUGUACGCACGCGAUGUCACGGAAGACAGUAAUGUCACCUCGACUCUUUACGUAAAAAAGGGAAAAUAUGGAAAACCACCCAUUAAAGGAACGAUGUAUGUAAUACCCGAUUUCAAGGAAGACCGUAUGGUCCCCUGUUCACUACCUAGAGCUGCAGGGAUAAAAAAGAAAAGGGUACAGACUGAUGCUAGCGACAGAACAUUUAAAAAAGCAAAGCAUGAAAAACUUUCCAUUGUGGGUUCAACGUAUCAACGUGAUGUCGCGAAAGACGGUAAUGUCUCUCUUACUUCUCGCCCCAUCCCCCCUCCCCAACACAUCGCCCAAUUAGAGGUAGUGUACGGUGGGCCGGUGGGACACUGCUAUCUCCAAGGUGAAAUCAAAAUGAUUUAA